GCUCCAAGGUCUUCGCGCCGGGACCAUGCGCGGCCGCGAGCUCCCGCUCGUCCUGCUGGCGCUGGUCCUCUGCCAGGCGCCCCGGGGGUCGGCCGCCCCGGUGUCGGCGGGCAGAGGGACUGUGCUGGCCAAGAUGUACCCGCGCGGCAACCACUGGGCGGUGGGGCACUUAAUGGGGAAAAAGAGCACGGGAGAGUCCCCAUAUGUUUAUGAGGGAGGGAGCCUGAAGCAGCAGUUGAGGGACUACAUUCGGUGGGAGGAAGCCACAAGGAAUUUGCUGAGCCUCGUGGAAGCAAAGGGGACCAGAAGCCAUCAGUCACCUCACCCAGAGCCCCUGGGCCUUCGCCAGUCUGCUUGGAAUUCUGAUGACAGUGGCAACCUUAAAGACGUAGGUUCAAAACACGAAGUUGGUGGACUCUCUGCUCCAGGUUCUCAACAUGAAGGAAGGAAGCCCCAGCUGAGCUGACAAUGACAAUGACAGCCUCUCCCAAAGAAGCAAAACAAAACCCUUAGGAGACUGCGUUCUACGAGCAUCAAUUCUACUGGAUCAUCAACAAGAUUUCCUUUGUGCAAAAUACUUAGUUAUUCUUGUGUCUUUCACCCUUGACUAAAUUCAUGAUUUUCAGCUAGCAUCUUCUGGUUUGAACUUGUUUGCUGUGAAUAAUUGUCCAAAAAGAGUCUUCUAAUUAAUGCUCUUUACAUCUAGGCUAUUUGUCAAUUAGAUUCCAGUCCCUGACCUGUUACCAUUCACA